AUGGUCGCGUUUCCGAAGCUAAUUUCAUCCAGUCUCUGGCAUUCCCGAAAACUCAUAUCCCUGGCUAUGUUUGGACCUCUGCUUCCUCCCGAAACGGCAGCCAAGCCACCGGCCUACCACUGUCUCGUGCAAACAGCACCAGACUGA